AUGACAAGGCAAGUUAGAUGUCCAAAUACUACUAGCCCUAGUCCUGCAGACAACAAUUUGGCUCCUCUUGACCUUCAAAGUCCCACAUUUUUUGACAACAAUUACUACAAGAACCUGAUCAUGCAAAAAGGUCUCCUUCACUCAGAUCAAGAGUUGUACAAUGGUGGAUCAACUGAUUCCCUCGUUAAACAAUACAUCAGAGAUCCCCAAUCCUUCUACUCCGACUUUGGUGUAGCAAUGGUUAAGAUGGGUGACAUUAGUCCUCUCAUUGGAUCAAAUGGAGAGAUAAGAAAGAACUGUAGGAUGGUUAAUAAUUAA